AGUUAUUUGCACGUCUGCCGUUAAAACGGUCUCGCCCAUAAUCGUCUGCUUCAACGUGGUGCCUUUCUUGCGAUGCCAUUUAGGAUGUGGCCCGCAGUCAGCCCAAUGCAGCGUUAGUUCAGUCCAGGGACAUCGUUAUUAUAGCAAUACAGGUCGCUACAUAUGACCUUGCAGUAAAGUUAAGAGCGCUUUCGGAAGUCACCAGGAAGCAAAGGAAAACGUGAGCACUGAACGACCGUUCGGACUUUCACGUGUUGUGUACGAAUUCGUGCGCGGCUCUACAUCCAGAAAACUCUGCGACACCUUGCACUGAAAUUGCAACGGCGUCAUGUUGAACAACUGGAUCUUCGUCGGAGUAUCCGGCGUCACGAACGGCGGCAAGACGUCGCUUGUAAACUACCUUCAAAAGGUCUUCACCGACUGCGUGGUGUUGCACCAGGACGACUUUUUCCGUUCGGAGUCCGACGAAAAUCACGUGAUGAUUCCAGAACUGAACCACGCCAACUGGGAGGCACUUUCGAGCGUCGACUGGGACAAAAUGCUGGACGCCGUUACGACUUCCACGUCGCAGCAGCCAGCAGGACUGAAAUUGAUUAUUAUCGACGGUCACAUCAUAUUCAAUCAUCCGAAGCUGGCCAAGCUAUUUGACAAGCGCUAUUUCUUUACGCUUACCCAAGAAGAGUGCUACGCUAGGCGUUUGACUCGUACUUACGACCCGCCUGACGUGCCCGGAUACUUCGAGAAAGUCGUCUGGCCCAUGUAUCUCAAGAACUUGCAGGAAAUCAAGGACACCCAGCCCGACAUCACCUAUCUGGAUGGAACUCAAGACAUGGACGCACUUCACAAGGAAGUGCUGGGAGACUUGCAAAGAUUUUUGCAAGGUCGCAGCGAUAUCCACAGAAGCGUGAAUCCGUAAUUUUCUUAUUGCGUAGCGUGUGUGAAGCAAUUUCAAGCUAGAGUGUGACAGCGCAUUCUAAAACGCUGUCCUACGCGCACAGUAGUUUUUUUUCUUCUUCUUUUUUUUUUCUGAUGACUGCGCGUUAUAUAGAGAAUAUAUAU